CUCGCUCCGGGACCGUCGGACCGCUCUUCUGUUCUCCUGACGUAGCCGCCUCGCUUUUCCCCCUCAAGUAAGGUUCUGGAACAGAUUGACAUGAUGGGGUACGGAAGGACCUGCAUCCUCCUUGGGCUCUCAGUCCUGGUGAUGUUCUGUAGUACAGGCGAUGCUCUGAGAUGCUACACUUGUAAUUCUCCAGCACAACACUGCAUCAUGAAUUCCACUUGUAGAACUGAUGAAGAUGCUUGCCUUCGGGUUGCGACUGGUGUAGAUUAUCGUUAUUUAUGUUGGAAAUAUGCUAACUGCAAAAUGGAGAAGAUCGGAGAAAUUCUUGGCAUUCCCCAUGCCAAUUACCACUGCUGCCAAGAAGACCUGUGCAAUGAUGCAGGGAUGGGGGCCACAGUCAGCAAAACAACCAUGAUUUCCGGGCUCUUGGCGGUGAUGCUCUGGGGUUUCUUUGUUUAAUUGAGUAGAAGG